AUGGGUUUUAAUCUUUAUAGUCUGUCUCUGGUGAACCAAACUAGUUCUAUCGUCCUUCAUCAUAAUCUUCUUUCAAAAUCAACUCGUCACAUAAAUCGGGAGGUAGUCAGUACUCAUACAUCGGCUCAUAUUUCAGGGGUUCAAACACGACGCUCUGCCAAUUACAAGCCAACAAUAUGGAGUUACGAAUUUCUCCAGUCCUUCAAGGUCAACAACAUAAGUGAAGGUCAAGUGCACAAAGGAAUGGUCGUGAUGCUGGAGAGAGAGAUCAAAAUGAUUGUGAAUAGUGAUAUAAAGGAGGAGAAUUCAUUAUCUAUGCUAGAGUUGAUUGAUGAUAUCCAGAGAUUAUGCUUGACCCACCGAUUUGAGACUGAUAUACAAAAAGCUCUUGACAAGUUUGCAUGUUUCGAAAAAUGUUAUCCCGUGAAAAAUAUGUCCCUCCACACGGUCGCUCUUCACUUCAGGCUUCUUAGGCAAAAUGCUUAUGUCAUCUCACAAGAUAGAGGUGAAAUCAUCAUAAAAGAAUGUUGCACCGGGCAUGAGGAUUUGAAAGAUAUAUUAAGUUUGUAUGAAGCAUCACAUCUUGCCUAUGAAGGUGAAGACAUUUUGGAUAAGGCUAAGAAACAUACAACUGAAUACCUCGACAACGUCUUGUUGGAAAUGGACUCUAGUGAUAAUUAUGAGGACAUGAAAGAACUUAUUCGACACUCUCUAGAUAUUCCAUUGCAUAGGAGAAUGUUGAUGCUAGAAGCAAGAUGGUACAUUGAAUUAUGCAAGAAGAAGGAAGGAACAAACUUGACAUUGCUUGAACUAGCCAAGUUAGAGUUCAACAUGGCUCAAUCAGUACUCCAACAAGACCUGAAGAACACAUCAUGGUGGUGGAACAAUCUGGGGUUAGCAAAAGAGUUGAGUUUCAGCAGAGACAGAUUGGUGGAAUGCUUUUUCUGGUCAGUUUCACUGAUGUUCGAGCCUCAAUUCAGCUCAUAUCGUCGAGGGUUAACAAAAGUUUCCUCAUUCAUCACAACAAUUGAUGAUAUUUAUGACAUUUAUGGGACAAUGAACGAGUUAGAGUUAUUUACCGAUGCAGUGGAGAGGUGGGACAUUAAUUCUAUUCAGAGCUUACCGAACUACAUGAAGAUAUGCUUCUUAGCUUUGUACAACACCAUUAACGAAAUGGCAUAUGAAUUUCUAAGAAAACAUGGAUACAACAUCAUCCCCAAUUUGGCCAAAUUGUGGGCCGAUAUGUUGAAGGCAUUCUUGAAAGAAGCAAGAUGGAGCCAUAAUGAGUAUGCCCCGCCAACAUUCUCUGAAUACUUAGACAAUGCAUGGAGAUCUGUCUCAGGAGCAGUCAUUCUUGUCCAUACUUGCUAUCUUUUAGAUGGUGAUGAACAUUUGAAUGACUUCGAUUCCACGAAGAAGACACUAUUGCAAUUAAUGAGCAAUGAUAGAAUUCUUCAAUGGCCAUCAAUCAUUUUUCGCCUUUGCAACGAUCUGGCAACCUCUUCGGAGGAAAUAGCUCGAGGUGAAACAACAAACUCCAUCUCCUGCUACAUGAAUGACAAUGGAGUUAGCGAGGAGCAAGCUAGGCAACACAUAGAAUGUUUGAUCGAUGAAGCGUGGAAGAAGAUGAACCAAGAGUUGUUUUUAAUUGCGAAGGAUAUAGUUGGUUCAAAUGCGUUCGUCAAAUCUUUUCUACGAUCAGCUAUCAAUUUAGCAAGGAUGGCUCAUUGCAUUUAUCAAAGCGGAGAUAGCCAUGGCACUCCAAAUCUUGAAUCGAAGAAGCAAGUCCUAGCCCUCAUAGUUGAGCCCAUCAUAGGUUAA